AGGAAAAGGUAUUUUCUUGUGUAGAAUCUUCGGUUAACUCACGUACAGAUGGGACUUUUACUGUGCUCCUUGAAGGUUCUUGUCUUUUUUUAAAUAACUGGUGGAAGAGAAGGAGGAACAGGAGGCCAUGGAAGGAGACAACACAGAUGACAUUGAGUCUCUCAUGGAGGGCAUGGACUUUAUCCCUGGCCACUUUCACCUGGACCUCAGCCUCAACUGUGACCCUGUGGGGCCUGUGAAGCUGCGACACAGGGACACUUAUCUAAAACAGGAGAGCCUGCGGGGAGAGUUAGAGGCUGAAGUUGGAUAUUUACAAUAUGCAGUCAGAAAUCUCCUGGGUCUGCUGGCUUUUCACCUUGAACAGAUGGACACAGCUAAGGAAAUAUUCAGAAGCAUUUGUAAAGAAGACCCUGGGAACCUCAAUGCCUGGGCCAACCUGGGCUAUGUGUAUGAUAAGCUGGGGAGAGAGGUGGAUGUAGGGGAGUGUGUGGAUAAAGUGUCCUACCUCAUGGGCUUAGAUGCAGGAGAGGCCUCUCAGGAAGAGACCAGACUAUUGGCGGCCCGCUGCCUGGCUGAACAGGCCUACGUUUAUCCAUAUGAUGUGGAACUGGACUGCGAAGACGACCUGAGAGAGAGACUGACUGCAGCACUGACAUUUUACAACAGAGCCCUGGACUAUGGGGGAGACCUGAUACCAACGGAGGAAAAACUAAGCUGGUAUUUUAAAAUGGCAACCAUCUAUGUGAGACUAGAUGACAUAGUAAAGACCAAAGAGGACUCUGAAUACUCCAGACUCUCUCACUACAACAAGGGACUGAGGUUUCUCAAAGAAACACUGGAUUCUGAGAGAACACAGCAUAAAGCUCUAGCUUGGUGUUACAUUGGCAUCAUGUUGGAGAGGAAAGAUGAGUUCACCACUGUGCCCAUGUCUGUACAUGACUGUGGAUUCUCUGCCUCUGAUCCUCUAUCCUGCUAUGGAACUGCCAUAAAUAUGGCCAGUGAUGAUGCAUUCAUCCUGAACCUUCUGGCUAAGGUCUUCUUUCUGCUGGGCAAACACGAAAUGGCCACAGGGAUCAGCAACAUGGCCCUAAAUGUGCUGCCAGAUCCAGAGCUCAACUGGCAGGCUUACUGCACCCGCGCCAAGAUCAACAUGAUGCUCUAUGCCAGGGACCUGGAGAAGGCAAAACAUGGUGAAGGUGGAAUCCCAGACCGACAGAGGCUAACAGAGGCCAGAAAAGACUUGGACAAGGUCUUGACUGUACGUCCAUGUCUGCGAACUCACCUAGAGAUGGCACAGGUGUACUACUACAUGGGCGUAGAUGCACUCCAGGAGAGCCUUUUGGUGGAUGAGGGAGCAGUGAAUAGUGCGUUGGUGAGCUUGUCCCAUGCCCUACAGUUUAAGUUGGGUGACAGUUUGCCAGACCUCCAUGUGCUCAGAGGGCGCUGCCUCCAGCUGAAAGGUGAGGAGCAGAAUGCUACAGACUGUUUCAAACAGGCCGUGGAGUUAGAAAGACCAGGAAGCACAGAUACCACAGCCCUGCGCUGCCUCCUAGAGGCCCUCCUGGCUCUGUUCAUGCAGGGAGGCCCUGAUUCCAGUCCUGCUAUCACCCAGCUAGAGAUGUGGGUGCAAAAGGCAGAGGAGAGGUACCCUAAGGACAUUGUGAAGGCUGAGCUGAGGUGCCUUUACAGGACUCACACAGCAGAGGUCACAGAGUUAUCCAGGGCUCUGAUCAGGACAGGACGGCUGGAUCUAGUGAGGAGGCUACUGGAAACAGUGGUGCCUAAACAACUGGGUAAGAGGAAACCAGUUGCAAGGUCUUUGUCCUUGACAUGAGGUAAAUAUAUGACUUUAAUAGAUAUACUUUGGCCUUCUCUGAUGCAUUAGAAAGGCGAGACUCGUUCAGAAACCUUGAGAGGAGAAUAUCUCUGCACUGUUGCCAGGCUGGUCUGGGCCUCGGUCACAGAAGCCUCUGACAGCACCUCUCCACAUUAAGAUAUGUUUUGGAGCAUAUGUCAACUAAAGAAAUAUUAGAUAAAAGUUACAUACUGUAGCUUAAAUGUAUCUGACAGGUGACAAGAAGUUGAAACAGAACUUAACAGCUAAGUGUUCACUGAUAAUGCAUUUCUUACAAUAUUCACUUGUUGUAACUAAAGUAUGCUGAAACAAUUGUGACAACAAUUUGUUGAUUUGAUGUUAAGUUGCAAAGAGCCGUGAAUCUGUAAAACCACAAAACACUGCUUUUCUUAUGUAAUUUACACAUUAUUCAUUUGCUGUCUUUAACUUAUUGUUGGAAGGACAAUAAAAUAUCAUAAACUGUCUUAAAAUUGAACACAUCCAGAUUGUUCUUUUCAAAACAGUUCAACAUUAUA